AUGACAUUACCUCCUGGAUAUGAAGGAGAGGGGUUCAGAUUUGACACAGGGUUGACAAAGGAAAUCCAUACUCACAAUGAUGAUAAAACAAGAGUAUGCAAACUGUUGAAGCCUCUCUAUGAUCUCAAGCAAGCCCCUAGACAGUGGUUUGCAAAACUAAGCUCUGUACUGAAGGCUGAUGGUUUUGUUCAAUCAAAAUCAGAUCACUCUCUCUUUACCAAGCAGGAAGGAACCUCAUUCACUGCCAUUCUGGCAUAUGUGGAUGAUUUAAUUGUGACUGGCAACAAUCUAAGUUGUAUAAAGCAAGCAAAAGAGUUUCUCAACACAGAAUUCAAGAUGAAGGACAUGGGUGAACUGAGGUAUUUCCUUGGAAUUGAAGUUGACGGAAGCUCUCAAGGCAUCUUCCUCUCACAAAGAAAGUAUGUUCAAGAUAUGCUAGAAGAAUAUAAACUCACUCAGUGUAGACCACUCAAGUUGCCUAUGGAUACUCAUGUUAAACUUCUCUCUACGUCUGGUGAACCUUUGACACAACCUGAAACAUAUCAAAGGUUGAUUGGGAAGCUGAUUUAUUUGACUCUCACCAGACCAGACAUAGCCUAUACUGUGCAUGUCUUGAGUCAAUUUAUGCAUAGCCCUACUUCAGUUCAUCACCAGGCUGCAAAAAGAGUGCUGAGAUAUCUAGCUGCCUCCAUAGAUCAAGGCAUACUUCUGGCUUCUAAAUCUGCUGCUAAGCUUCAAGCCAACUGUGAUAGUGACUGGGCAGGGUGUCCUAACACCAGAAGAUCCACCACAGGGUUUUGCAUUCUACUAGGCAAGUCUCCAAUAGCUUGGAAGUCUAAAAAACAAACUGUAGUUGCAAGAUCUACAACUGAAGCUGAAUAUAGAUCUCUAGCAAUGACUAUCUGUGAAGUCAUUUGGGUAAAACAACUACUCAGGGAGCUUGGAAUCAAAGAGUGGGGAAGCACACCAAUUUUCUGUGAUAAUCAAGCAGCCUUGGCCAUUGCUGUCAACCCAGUACACCAUGAGAAGACAAAACAUGUUGGGAUUGAUUGUCAUUUCAUCAAGGAGAAAGUAGCUGAAGGACAAAUCAAUCCCACCUAUGUGUCUACAAGUCAACAGAAUGCUGAUGUUCUCACUAAAGUAUUGACUGUAGAACAACAUCAGUUUCUAUUGUCCAAGCUAGGAGUUCAGCCAUCCUCACUCCUAGCUUGA